UGCCUGCCUGCCUUCCGGAGCGCGAAGAUGGCCACCCCGGCGACGUGCACCCGCUUCACCGACGAGUACCAGCUCUACGAGGAGCUCGGCAAGGGAGCCUUUUCCGUAGUCCGCAGAUGUGUGAAAAAAUCCUCGUCCCAGGAAUAUGCUGCCAAGAUUAUCAACACGAAGAAGCUGUCCGCCAGAGAUCAUCAGAAACUGGAACGUGAAGCUCGAAUUUGCCGACUACUAAAACAUCCAAAUAUCGUUCGGCUCCACGAGAGUAUCUCUGAAGAAGGCUUCCACUACCUCGUCUUUGAUCUGGUCACUGGAGGGGAACUCUUUGAAGAUAUUGUGGCCAGGGAAUACUACAGUGAAGCCGAUGCAAGCCACUGCAUUCACCAGAUUUUGGAGAGCGUCAAUCAUAUCCAUCAGCAUGAUAUUGUGCACAGGGACUUAAAGCCCGAGAACUUGCUCCUGGCCAGCAAGUGCAAGGGGGCUGCCGUCAAGCUGGCGGACUUUGGGCUGGCCAUUGAAGUGCAAGGGGAGCAGCAGGCCUGGUUUGGGUUUGCUGGCACUCCAGGCUACCUGUCCCCUGAAGUCUUAAGAAAAGAUCCUUAUGGAAAGCCAGUGGAUAUCUGGGCGUGUGGAGUUAUUCUGUAUAUAUUACUCGUGGGGUACCCGCCGUUCUGGGAUGAAGAUCAACACAAGCUCUAUCAGCAGAUCAAGGCAGGGGCCUAUGACUUUCCUUCUCCCGAGUGGGACACUGUGACUCCCGAAGCAAAGAACUUGAUCAACCAGAUGCUGACCAUCAACCCAGCCAAGCGCAUCACCGCUGACCAGGCUCUGAAGCACCCAUGGGUCUGUCAACGAUCCACUGUGGCUUCUAUGAUGCACAGGCAAGAGACUGUGGAAUGCUUGAGAAAGUUCAAUGCCAGAAGGAAGCUCAAGGGCGCAAUCCUCACGACCAUGCUGGUGUCUCGGAAUUUCUCAGUUGGCGGCAGGCAGAGCUCCGCCCCUGCUUCGGCCACCAUGAGUGCUGCUGCCGGCCUGGCUGAGCAAGCUGCCAAAAGCUUACUGAACAAGAAGUCUGAUGGCGUCAAGAAAAGGAAGUCCAGCUCCAGCGUGCAUUUGAUGCCACAGAGCAACAACAAAGCCAGUGUAGUAAGCCCCGGCAAAGACACCCCCCCAGUGCAGAUGGCCAUGGAACCACAAACUACUGUUGUCCACAAUGCUAAUGAUGGUGUGAAGGGUUCCACAGAGAGCUGCAACACGACCACGGAAGACGAGGACCUGAAGGCUCCCCCCCUCUCCAUGGGGGACAGCGGCUCAGUGCCCGAAGGACGGAGUCUCUCUGAGAGCAAGCCCCAGACCGAGUCCCUGCACUCCCAGCUCUUUCUCUGUUACUCUGCGACCACUGCCAUACAGUCUUGUGAAGAGAAACUUCUUGCCUGGGACAGCCCAGGGCAAACGGUGGAGUUGGAUCGUGCUCAAUCGGAGCCUGACCUAACUCCAGUAGUUCCAUUUAUGCUUAACAGUCCGCCAUUGCGCAAGCAAGAGAUCAUCAAGAUAACAGAGCAGCUGAUUGAAGCCAUCAAUAACGGGGACUUUGAGGCUUACACGAAGAUCUGUGACCCCGGACUGACCUCCUUUGAACCCGAAGCCCUGGGGAACCUCGUGGAGGGGAUGGACUUCCACAAGUUCUACUUUGAAAACUUACUGUCCAAGAACAGCAAGCCAAUCCACACCACCAUCUUGAACCCCCACGUUCACGUUAUUGGCGACGACGCGGCCUGCAUUGCCUACAUCCGCCUGACGCAGUAUAUCGAUGGCCAAGGCCGGCCUCGCACCACCCAGUCAGAGGAGACCCGUGUCUGGCACCGCCGGGACGGCAAGUGGCUGAACGUCCACUACCACUGCUCUGGGGCCCCUGCAGCUCCGCUCCAGUGAAGCUGAGACAUGGCAGCUUUCGGAGAUACUCCAUGGGAGGGCAAGCUCUUCUCAGCCAGCAGCUCUGGAGUGCCUGAACUACAGCAACGGUCAUGUUCGUUUUGACGUUUUAAAAAAAAAGAAUUACAAAACCGGCAGCAGCCAAAUGCACGAAACCCUGCAUGAAUCCGACGCUGUGGGCACUGCCGCCUUUCUGUUGUUUUUCCAUGGAUCCAUCGUGUCUGUUUCUGCUGUACGAAGGUGUCUUUUCAAUCUUGAGCGAAACCCAUAUUGUUUGUAUAGAGGGAAGAGGUCGUCCCCCAACGGGGAGCGUCCACUGCCUCCUCUCCAGGGCUGAGGCCGGGGUGGCAGCUGGAGCGUCUUUUCGGAUCGGAGCAAAACGGGGAGAGCAGGCGGCAGAGGGCUGUGCCUUGAGAAGGUACGGUGGGGGUCUCACCUUGUCUCUGGCCAUGCUGAAGUGUAGCCGGUGAGGGGGGGCCUGGGGCCAGCGUGGAGAAAAGGGGGGGCAAGGCGGAAGGAGGACAUUUCUUCCCCCCUCUGCCACCCAGCAGACUGACUUGAGCAGCGUGGACUUUGCAGCGGUCAGCCGCCGGCUCCCACUGACGGACUGCGUGGAAUGAACAGGAAUGUUUUCAGGAACAAGUUUUCGCUUGUUUUCAGUAGCGUCGGAGCUUGCUCUGCAGAGAUGCACUGAUUUUUAGAAACAGCCACUCCUUGGAGGCACAGAAUCAGCUGAUAAAGGGGAAAGUUUUAAGAGCAAAAAAAUACUAGGGGUGGGGGGGACGAAGACAUGAAUUUACUUAAUCUUGGGGGUUUGUUUUUCUCUGCCUAGACUAGAGGGGAUCCAGAGUGCUGCGGAAUGUGCGUUCCUUAAGAUACUGUUGACUCUUAGUGUUGCAUUCUGCCCUGAAGAUUUGCACACAUCUGCGUUUGCUUUCCUGCAAAGUGUGUAACUUAGUUUGUGUUUUAUGCUGAAAUCUGUAUCUGUGCUCUGCACUCACAGCGGGGCUUGUUGGCGUUGCGGCUCAGCCUGCCAUCUGGCGGACAUGCCACGGGAGCCAGCCCCUCCGGGCAAGGGAUGUUCCCACUUGUCUGCUCCACGGACAUUAUUGCUUUGUUUCCUAUCGUUCCAUUGAGUUUGUUGGGAGUUUUUGUUGUGUGACCCCCAUUCAUGCGGUGGGUGGGGCUGUUCAGUAAUUGAUGGAGUCAGAACCUCAGCCUGCCGUCUCACAAGCGGCGCUCGUCAGUUUCUGCUUCAGGUUCCUCUGAUCGAGAGCAGAGCCCUUUUGCACUGAGGGGAAAGGGAAGCCUAACCCGCUGGGGGGCUGCCAUUGUGCAUGGCCCCUCUUUCUCUCCCUUGCUCCCAAGGUGUGCAGUCUGUAUUCUUUAUUCCCGACAUGGGAAAUGUUUAACAAUCGUGUGUCUUGGCUGUUGAUUAAUCCCAUUUCUAAGUAGUCAAAGUGGGGAAUAGAAGCUUUCCUAGUAAACUUUUGAGUUCAGAUUUUACACCGUGGCGCGCUCUGCUGCACACUGUCCGGGGGGGGGGGGGGCAGCACCCAACAGCUUUCUGCAUGUCUCGCCAAUAGAGCUGAGGAAGAGGACUGAGCCAGGAAGCCAGCAAGGCGGCGUAGGGCACCGAGAGGAGGGUCACUUGGAAAGACCAGAGAAGGGGGAAGGGUGCGUUUUGUGCCUGGGCCUCCCCUCCUGCGGAAGAGAGACUGCCGAUUCUGCCCCACUGCAGGGAACAGGGGCAUCUUUCCUCUUUAUGGUGGAACUGGCCACGUUCUUCUCCUCCUGCCCCUUUUGCCUCCAGCAGUGGGUGUGUGGGAGGAGGGAGGGGAAAGAGGGAUGGGUGCUCCACUGUUGCAUCUGGGACAGACUGAAGGCAGCGCUACGCUAACGAGUGAGGCAAAACAAGAAAAGCCUUGAUACUUUUAUUCAGGUUUUUUAACAAUAAAGCCACAAUGUGGGGAACAGGAAAUUAGUUAUGCAGCUUUAAAAAGGACAAACUCUGCAUGCUUUUAGGUCUGAUCUUUCCUUGUCUCUUUAUCUGAAGAUGAUUAAUAAUCAACCCUCUGUAUUAAGUACCUGCAUCUUUCAAAACACAUUUUUGAGGGGGAAAGUUUGAGUUGGAUUUUUUUUGGGGGGGGAGGGUCUUUGUUUUUGCACAGUCGUUAUGACAUGUUCUAAUUUAAUAAGGACCUUAGCUUGGUAUGGCCUUCCUCAAACGCAGCUGUGGACCUUUCGCAUUCUUCAUGUUCUCUUCUGGGAUUAAUGUAAGCAUCUAUAUAAUACCAUGUUUUAAACAGGAAAUGGAAGAUGUUUGAUGCAAAAAAUUUUGCAUGAUAGAGAAAUAAUUGAAAUUGUUAGGCUUUUUUUCCUGAAUGUUGGUAGAACCUUCAUAGCUUUGUUAUAAUGAAACCUUGAACUGAAAAUAUUUAAUAAAAUAACCUUUAAAUCGUGCAAAAAA